CUGGCUACCACACCUACGCACCCACCUCUCUCUAGAAAUCCAGAGGCUUCGCACCCCCUUCUCGAGCCCUUCGCCCAACCCAUUCCCCAAUCGGGCCAAACCCUAGAAGCCAUAGAUUCGAUCGGAGAUUUGGCAUGGCAAUGUCAGAUCCCACAGCCGCCGUGAUCCCCAAGCCCGACGGCGGCGAAGACGACGAGUCGGUGGAGAUCCGGGAGGUGUGGGCGGACAACCUCGAGGAGGAGUUCGCCCUGAUUCGUGACAUCGUCGACGAGUUCCCUUUCGUCGCGAUGGACACAGAGUUCCCGGGCAUUGUCUGCCGCCCCGUCGGCGCCUUCCGCUCCCCGGCGGACUACAACUACGCCACCCUCAAGGCCAACGUCGACAUGCUCCACCUCAUCCAGCUCGGCCUCACCUUCUCCGGCCCGCGCGGCGAGCUGCCGGCCCUCGGCGCCGGGCGCCGCCGCUGCGUCUGGCAGUUCAACUUCCGCGAGUUCGACGACGCGCGCGACAUCUUCGCAUCCGACUCCAUCGAGCUGCUCCGUCGCAGCGGCAUCGACUUCCGCCGAAAUGCCGAGCGCGGCGUUGAUGCGCGCCGGUUCGCCGAGCUCCUCAUGUCCUCCGGCGUUGUGCUCAACGAUUCGGUAUACUGGGUUACCUUCCACGCGGGAUACGACUUUGGGUACCUGCUCAAGAUCCUCACUUGCAACAGUCUCCCAGACACGCAAGCUGGGUUCUUCAAACUGAUGAAGAUAUAUUUCCCAACCGUGUACGACAUCAAGCACCUCAUGAAGUUCUGCAACAGCCUACACGGUGGGCUGAACAAGCUCGCUGAAUUGCUCGACGUGGAGCGUGUGGGGGAGUCCCACCAGGCCGGGUCUGAUAGCCUGGUCACGUCCUGCGCGUUCUGGAAGCUCAGGGAUUCAUUCUUCGCUGGAUCAACAGAGAAAUACGCAGGUGUGCUGUAUGGGCUCAAUGCAGAGAAUGGUGUUAGUGCACAUUGAGGGAUGGUACUCUCUUUGAAUUUUAGCUUUGUGAAUGGAUUGAUUUAGGACAGAAGGUGACAAGUGUGCAAGAGGGCUCAAUUAAGACCAAUUCUGUAGGUUAAGUCUGUCUCACUCAGUUCCACCUCAUUUGGAUGUAAUCCCAGUGUAGUGUUCUUCAGUUGCUUGUUGAAAUAGUUAUUUCUCUUUCAGCUUUUGCUCUUCAUUUUUUCUUUCUCUCCUAGCAAGAUAGUACUAUACUAACUGAAAAAUAGUAAAAGAUCACCUUUGAGACUUAAGCCAUGACACUUGCAUUGCCAUAAUUGCAUUAGUCCAAUUUUGUUCUCUUUAUCUUCACGGGAAAAGAAUCAAUAUGUUGCUCUAUUGUCAAUAUACCCUUCUAUAUGAGAAGUUAGUGGUCUUAAAAAUAAUGAUAGUUUAAUAUUAAGCAUUUAUAAAAAUAUAGUAAACUCGAUGACCCUAUGAAUGCAUCUUGAUUGAAUAUUUCUGGUUUCAGUAAUUUUAUAUGCAAGGCGCCUUUUACUUUCAAACACUGUUUUCACAUAAGAUGAAGCUAGCAUAAUUCGGUAUUCCAAUAGCAGCCUAGAAAACUCAACUCUUUUACACAUCAUUUUUUCCCCGUUGUUUGCUAAGGCCUUGUAGAAUCUAUUCGUAAAAUCUGCCGCCAGUGCCUAGUGCCGCCAGUUAACUGUUGGACUUUCUGUCUCUGUAAAUGUAUCCUUCCAUGAGUACUAUGAGAACUGCAGAGUUUGAAAUGUUUGAGUUAUCUAAAGUCUAUUAUAUAUUUUUCUUGGAACUAUUCUUUCAAACUAUGUGCAGAAGCCGUUAUCAAAAAAAUAAAAAUAAAAGAAAAAAAAGAAAGAAACUAUGUGCAGAACAUAAGUUUCAGCAGUUUAUAUUCUUACUUGGCCACGGUUCUCCAUGAUUCUCUGGAUCAUGAUAAAAAUGUCCUGAGCUAUAGAUGCUGAUGCAGGUUCACUUGUUCUUCAGAAACUCACUUGGAUUGGGAUAGUAGAUAUGUGUAUUGCAUUUGAUUCAUUUCUUUACUAAUGACUGAAUAAUUAGAUCACUUUCAGGGUAAUUUCGUUGCUGGAUGCAUUCCUGCUACUUUGUUUCUUUUCCAUUUCGUAUUAGACUGCCAAUUGCUUUGGUAUUUACAGGCCCUUCUUGUGGAUUGAUUGUUGAGAUGAAUCCUCAUACAGUCAUACCCUCUGAUUUCACCUGGUUCGUUAGCAUGUUUAUUACUUUUACUCAUUGAAAUAGUUAUUUUCCAAUAGAGGAUGUUAUCAUGUGGAGAAAAUAUUAUUCAUGUUCCUAAAAAGUUGCAGAUUCCAGUAGAUCGUUUUCUGGGGAGAAAACAGGUUCAGCUUAAACUAGCCUGCAUCCAGGCCGGAGCUGGUGGGCUUUAAGGUAUGCCUGGCAGUGUACCUGUCUUAUGUAUUUUUCUUGAACGGGAUGCAUUCUGGGUGUUCAUACUAUUAUGCCCGUCAAGACAAGUUAUGCAAAGAGUUCACUGGGAAGGCAGCUAAACUUCAAUGUGCCAGUCUCUGUCUCCUGCGAUCAGCUCAAAACUGUCCACAUUCUCACAUCCAUCGUUCAGCAGACUCUUCACCAGCUCACCUCAUCAAAGCAUGGAUUCGCUCGGGGCACGACUCACGACUCUCAUGCUCUCACUCUUUGGCAAUCGAUCCCCUUGUAUAGGGCACAGUGUGGUCCCUGAAUUAAUGUAAUAUGAAAUUGAUAUUAACGCCAGAUUCAUAAAA